AUGGCUCGAUUCGUCAGAUGUCUGCGAAGAACAGUUUUCUCUAAUUCGUCGUCGUCCCCUUCGAUUGCGUACCGGAACCCUACAAUCGGUUUCCCAUCGAAUCAAAAUCCUAAAUUUUUAAUCAGCCGCAGAUGUCUAAGCUCGGGGAGCUACGUGUCAGAAAUGCAGAAAUCAGCUUUCGAGCGAAACAUUUGCAGACUAAUCCGUAACGAAAUCGAAUACGAACUCGAUCACUUGCCUCCUCUUCAGCCUCCUAGAAGUUAUGGUCCAUUCAGUGUGGAAGAACGGCCUGGAGAGCAGUGGAUUAGCUUGAAAGGGAAAUUUGGGGAAGAAGAGGACAUCAAAAUCGAAGCAACCAUGUUUGACAAAUCAGUUCCGACGUCAAAAUCCACCAAGACUGAACCUGAAUUUAUUCUUCACAUCACUUUCAUUGUCAACAUCACUAAGGGAACUGCUGGUGAAACUUUGGAGAUAAUGUGUUCUGCUUGGCCAGAUAACAUAGAGAUAUCAAAGCUCUGCAUUCGUAAAGGCGUCAAGAGCUCACCUUCUUCCUACAAUGGACCAGAGUUUGAGGAGUUAGAUGAUGAGCUUCAGGAGGCUCUGUAUCAGUAUUUAGAGAAAAGAGGUAUAAGCGACGACCUUGCUGUUUUCUUGCAUAAGUAUAUGAAGAACAAAGGUAAAGGCGAGUACGUUAGAUGGAUGGAGAGUGUUAAAUCUUAUGUCGAGCAGAAAUAG